GGCGCAGCGCGGCGCGGAGGUGCUGCUGAGCGCGGCCGGCGGCGGUAUUGCUGAAAUCCUAAUGAACCGACCCCACGCGAGAAAUUCACUGGGAAAAGUAUUUGUAAAUGAACUGUUCAGUGCCCUGGACCAGCUCCGCUUCGAUGAGCAGGUGCGUGUGGUGGUGUUCAAGAGCCAGGUGAAAGGAGUGUUUUGUGCAGGAGCAGAUUUAAAGGAACGUGCAAAGAUGGAUGAUGCAGAGGUUGGAGAGUUUGUUAGAAGACUGAGAAAUCUUAUGGAUGAAAUAGCUGCCCUGCCUGUGCCCACGAUCGCUGCAAUCGAUGGCUACGCCUUGGGCGGUGGAUUAGAGCUGGCGCUGGCCUGUGACCUCCGAGUAGCAGCUUCUUCGGCUAAAAUGGGCCUUAUUGAGACCACACGAGGACUUCUCCCUGGAGCAGGUGGAACCCAGCGCCUGCCCAGAUGUGUUGGAAUAGGUCUUGCAAAGGAGCUCAUUUUCACUGGCAGGCAGAUUGAUGGAGAACAGGCAGCCUCCAUGGGGCUGGUAAAUCACUCGGUGCCACAGAACAGUGAGGGAGAUGCAGCUUACCAGAGAGCUUUAACUUUGGCUAAAGAAAUCCUGCCCCAGGCACCAUUUGCUGUGAAAAUGGGAAAACUGGCAAUAAACAAAGGAAUGGAGGUUGACAUUGCAUCAGGAAUGGCUAUUGAGGGGAUGUGUUAUGCCCAGAAUAUUCCCACCAGAGACCGUCAGGAAGGGAUGGCUGCCUUCAGGGAGAAGCGACCACCUCGGUUCACUGGCAAAUAACACUUUCUGCUUCCCACUGAGCUUUUGGAGAUAAAGCAGGACUGAGGAGGAUCCACUGAUUUCUUAGGAUUAUUUUUACACCACCAUUCUGUGCACUUAACUCCUUCCCUAGGACUGCAUUUCUAACUACUCCACUGGAUCAUUUUUCUGUAGGAAUCUCCAAAAAAAGAUAUAACUUUGUACACCUGAUCUUUAAAGCAUGUUCAUCUGAAGUCAGUGGUUAUGGCUCUCACACAGAUGUCAAGUAAGGAAUAUGGAGAAGCAAACACAGUGCAUCUUAACAGGAAAAACAAACACUGGAGAGAAAUUCAGUUUAUAAAGAUGUAUCAGUGCUGUUCCAAUUGCUUUGACAGAACAAGCAGUACUAGCACAGAGCAGUGGCCCUUCACCCCAGCUCUGCUGUGAGUAGUGCAACACUGACCCACUCCAGGAACCCAAACUCGCCUCCCUUUGGAACCAGUGCUUGAGAAAGCACAGGGCCUGUAUGUGCACAGAUACAUAAAGCCAUCAUAUCAGUCUAUGCCAGACACCCUAAGCACAUAAUAUCUCUCCAGCACCUGUUUUCCUGUGUUGGUUGACUGGAAGUAGAGGUUAUUUUCUCCCUCUGCUUUGAGGUUCUCCAACACUAAAAUGUGCCACACAAUUGAACUCUAUAGCUUCUUACUUCUCUAGACUGGGUCUUUCAACCAAAAGCGAAUUAAUCAGCAAAUGUGGUUUUAGGAAAUGCUUUAUAGGUUAUCAAAAUGAGAUGUGGCUUACCACAUUGGAACUUCAUGCUAUGAUGGUAUCAAAGUAAACCACAGUUUCACUUGUGCCAAAAAGUGUGUGGGAACCUUACCAAAUUAUACACAUACAAUUUUUUUAUGUAAAAAUCUGCAAAGGUAAGCAGAGUCAGGAUUUUCAGCCUUCACAAAAGAUGGCAAAUGCUACAGGUGGAACACAAAGUUUAAAAGUUGCUUCCAGAAUUGUUCAGAAACUCCUGAAGCUGCACAGGAGUAUGAAGAGACCUUUCUAUAAGUGGCAUAUACAAAUACAUACAGUGCAUUUAUACCUUGUAGGCAUGCAGAGUUUUCAGCUUGAAAGAAUUUUGCUCACUGACUGCCUGAAGUGUGGGGGAGCAAAAGAAAAUGGGUAUUUAGCAUCUCUGCACUUGCUGGUUGCAGAACUUCAUGAAAUGACAUGUCUCUCAGACAUCAGGCCUGAUGCCAGCAUCAUCCUUGCAUUUUGUGCAGCAUGGAGGAGUAGGGUUUUGUUUUUUUUUUCAGUUAAGUUGCUUCAGCAAAUUCUCCUGUUUUUAGGAAAAAACAGCACUGUAAGGAGAGUUGUCAUCUUUAUUUUAAAAUCUUGUAGCAAUUGAUUUAAAUUCAUUCUAUUGACACCAAUUUUGACAAGUUUUGUGUUCCAUUUCAUGUAAAGGAAAUUCCACAGCAGACAUCUUAGAAGGGUGGUGGGUAAAAGCCUGCAGGCUGUUUUUAAUUUUUAAACCACCUUCCUAAUUCAAAGCUACAGCCAGCUGAAUUUCUGGUGGAAUUGAGAAAACUUUAUAUAACCAGAUCCACAGAUGAAAAUUAUGCCAGCCAAAAUUAUACUCUUGUACAAAAAACAAUUACACAACACUGAUUAAAUUACUGGAUCAGUACCUUUUGAAGUUGCUGAAAUACACAUUAAUUAGGUUACUGAA